AUGUCCAAGGAACCCUCGAAAUCCGCCGUCAGGCUCACCAGCUACCCUGCCAUCAAAAACGCUCCGUUGAUUGUUGAGGGAAAUGGCAGAUUCUCGAACAAGGAAUUUGUCCUCGCAUGCAUAUUCGUGCCUUACUUCGUCGGAAAAUUUUUAGUGCCAGGGAUCACGAUUGGAUUUUUAUCCUAUGGACACAUCUUUUUGAUGAUCGUCUUGGCCCCAGCGGUGAUGAUAAGCUACUGGGCCUUAAGCUCGAUCUAUCCCAGCCAAGUCACGAACCAAGUCACGCUACCCAACAACAAGCAGUCCAGUUACUUCAUCUUCAAAGACGCCAAACUUUCUCAGGCUUACAACCCCAACAACCCCGGCAGUAAACGGAUCCCAAUGCAAGUCUGGCAUGAUGCAUAUUUCGAGGGAAAGAUUGAGAUCAAGCGCGACAUGAUGGAAUUGCUUGAAUACAGACACGACUGGGCCGCAUUUCACAUGACACCGGAACUAUUCAAAUACGUGGUGACCAGAUUGCUACCCGAGGUUAUUUUACACACCACGUCCCAAGAUGAAGAACAAGUUCGAGGGCAUUACGACCGAGGCGACGACUUCUACUCCUGGUUCCUUGGCCCUCGGAUGAUCUACACCUCGGGAAUUAUCUCGGAUGCCGACAGGGAAGAAAGCUUGGAAGAAUUGCAGGACAACAAACUGAAACUAGUCUGCCAAAAGCUCGAUCUUCAACCGGAUGACAACCUGCUAGAUAUCGGAUGUGGCUGGGGAACUUUGGCUGCCUUUGCGGCCAAAAACUACGGCUGUAAGGCCACCGGCGUCACUCUGGGUAAAAACCAGACCAAGUUUGGUAACGAUCGGCUCGCCGCCAAUGGGAUCCCCUCUACCCAGGCCAAGAUCGUCUGCCAAGAUGCACGAGAUAUACCCGCGGAGCCCAAAGGAAGAUACAACAAGAUCUCCUGUCUCGAGAUGGCCGAACAUGUCGGUAUCAGACGAUACCCGGACUUCUUGAAACAAGUCUACGAUUUACUAGCUGACGACGGGACGAUGGUUUUCCAAGUGGCUGGGAUCCGACCCAAUUGGCAAUUCGAAGACUUGAUCUGGGGUCUCUUCAUGAACAAAUACAUCUUCCCCGGUGCCGAUGCCUCGUUAUCCUUGGGAUGGGUGACCACCAAGCUCGAGCAAGCCGGCUUCGAAGUCAAAUCCGUCGACGUCCUGGGCGUCCAUUACUCCGCUACCCUCUAUCGCUGGUACAAAAAUUGGAUGUCGAACGAAGAAAAAGUCCGCGCGAAAUACGGCGACAGGUGGUUCAGGAUCUGGGAGUUUUUCUUGGCUUAUUCGGUCAUUACUUCUCGACAAGGAAGUGUAUCGUUGUUCCAGAUCACCGUUCACAAAAAUUUGAAUUCAUUCCAUCGAGUCGAAGGAGUCAAGACCCACACUUCACUCGACACGCUCAAAGACCCAUCGAUCAUCAAACGACGUUCUUUCGAAGAGGUCGUCUGUCAACCAGUCCCAGGAAGUUAG